AUGACCAAGAACAGAAAGAAUAACAAACAACAAAAGCCUGCUGCAGGCAACAAGAAGGAAGAGGAAAAAGUUGAUACCAACUUGAUGGUAGAUGAAGUACCUGAAAAGAGUCAACAAGGAGUUAAACGUAAAAAUGAAAAAGUUACAUCAUCCGGAGAAGAACCAACUCUUGAAUCACUCACUAAAAAAGCCAAGAAGGAAACCAAUGAUACCGAAGAAUAUAUUAACGCUACACAAGAUCCUACCUUUACAGGCAAAAUUACCACCAACUCUUCUAAAAUUUAUAAGAAUAUACUAUUGAUUUCAAAUCUUGCCCUCUCUGUUGAUGAAAUCGUACUCAAGGGCUGUAUGAAUGAAAUUGCCGAAGCUAGUGGUAAUUCUGCACAAAAGCUUAAGGAAAUUUUGAUUUUCCAAAAGAAUUUAUCAUCAAAGGAAUCUGAAGCUUUGGCUAGUAAUGCUUUGAGAAAUGCACAACAAAAGAAUACUAACAAUAAGCAAGCUACUCUUAUUCAAGGUCCAAAGGCUGCUAUUGUUAUUUUUGAAAAGGAAUUUGCAAAUGCACAAGUUUUUGAAGAUUACAAUGGAGCUAUUAUUGAAGGUAUUCCAAUUAACAUUCGUUUUGCUUGUGAAAAUGACAAGGCAUGUUUAAUGGUUGUCAAGGGAGCUCCAAUCACUGAAGAAGAAUUAUGGUCAUAUGUUGAAGAAUGUGGUUCUCUUGUCUCGAUAGAAAGUUCAAAGAGUAACAAGAAUCAAUUUAUGAUUUUAUUCAAGGAAUGGCGUAGUGUUCGUGAAUGUCUCUUAUAUAAUGGUGCCGAUGUACAUGGUGCUCCUUGCAGAAUUUUCGCUUGCAUGUUUCCUGCUCCAACAAAUCAUUCAUCGAAAUUCAAAGGUGGAAAUAAAGCUCUUUGUGCUGCAAUAUCAAAAGGUACAAGAACACUGACAGGAGAGACUGCUAAAAGCAAGGCUCUUGUAGCUAUGAUCAAGAAUGAAAUCAUGUUACAAACAGAAUUAUUAAUAGAAAAGGAUAAAGAAUUAAAAACAUUAUUACUAGAAUUAGUGGAAAAUCAAAAGUUUCAAAGAAAGAUCGAUCAAACAAAACAAAUUUUGGACGAAAAGGAAUAUAAAAUUGCUAAAUUAACAGAAGCAUUGGAAACUGUACAUUCAAAAUUAGGAAAUGCACUACAUCAAUCAUCUCCGAUUGUUAAAUCUAUCAAGGAGUCUAAGAAUUUAAAUUUGGAUGAAGUAUUUUCAUAUUCACAUUUCAUAAGUAAGGUAACCAGUGAACAGCCAGCUCUGAAAGAAAGUGACAUGCAAUUAGCACCUUUCCCAGCUCCAGAAAUUUGGCCUCUAUCACUCCUAUAUCCAAGCACCUUACGAUUGUACAAAACUAAAUAUACAGAAAAGCUCAAUGCAGAAAAAGAACAAGAAGAACAAAAGAUUCCUCGAAUUGACUUUGAUAAAUUCCAAUAUGAAACUAAUGCAGCAGUGCCAACAACUCAAAAAGCUAAGAUUUCACUGUUUGGAGAUGACAGUGAUGAUUCUGACGAUUCUGAUGAUUAA